AUGGUGCGCUGCCCACGCUGCAUUCCCCGUGCUCUCAUUCCACGCCGCAUUCCCCGUGCUCUCAUUCCACGCCGCAUUCCCCGUGCUCUCAUUCCACGCUGCAUUCCCCGUGCUCUCAUUCCAUGCCGCAUUCCCCGUGCUCUCAUUCCACGCCGCAUUCCCCGUGCUCUCAUUCCACGCCGCAUUCCCCGUGCUCUCAUUCCACGCCGCAUUCCCCGUGCUCUCAUUCCACGCCGCAUUCCCCGUGCUCUCAUUCCACGCCGCAUUCCCCGUGCUCUCAUUCCACGCUGCAUUCCCCGUGCUCUCAUUCCAUGCCGCAUUCCCCGUGCUCUCAUUCCACGCCGCAUUCCCCGUGCUCUCAUUCCACGCCGCAUUCCCCGUGCUCUCAUUCCACGCCGCAUUCCUCGUGCUCUCAUUCUACACCGCAUUCCCCGUGCUCUCAUUCCACGCCGCAUUCCCCGUGCUCUCAUUCCACGCCGCAUUCCCCGUGCUCUCAUUCCACGCCGCAUUCCCCGUGCUCUCAUUCCACUCCGCAUUCCCCGUGCUCUCAUUCCACGCCGCAUUCCCCGUGCUCUCAUUCCACUCCGCAUUCCCCGUGCUCUCAUUCCACGCCGCAUUCCCCUACGUUUUCUCACAUUUGUCGCUCUCCCACCCACCAUGCUGUGGUUGCUGGGAGAGCGGCACGCUGUGGUUGCUGCCACCCAAACCAGGAGUUUGGAAACAUCGAGGCACCUUCCCUCGCCCGCCUUCGAGCCCUCUUCUCCUCCAUCUAUGCCAGAAACGCGUGAGGCGCAGGAGGGGAGGCGGCAUCUGAGGGAGGUGACAUGUGCCGUGCUCUUCAGUGCCCUGCGCGUGCCCUCCAUCUGCCUUGUCGACCAGGUAACCCCAUGCAACCAGGUAACCCCAUGCGACCAGGUAACCCCAUGCGACCAGGUAACCCCAUGCAACCAGGUAAUCCCAUGCGACCAGGUAACCCCAUGCGACCAGGUAACCCCAUGCGACCAGGUAACCUCAUGCGACCAGGUAACCCCAUGCAACCAGGUAACCCCAUGCGACCAGGUAACCCCAUGCGACCAGGUAACCCCAUGCGACCAGGUAACCCCAUGCGACCAGGUAACCCCAUGCGACCAGGUAACCCCAUGCAACCAGGUAACCCCAUGCGACCAGGUAACCCCAUGCGACCAGGUAACCCCAUGCAACCAGGUAACCCCAUGCGACCAGGUAACCCCAUGCAACCAGGUAACCCCAUUCCACCAGGUAACCCCAUUCCACCAGGUAACCCCAUUCCACCAGGCCACCCUGGCCCUGUUGGCAGCGGGGGCAGCAUCAGGCGUGGUGGUGAACAUUGGCUUCCGCAGCACCACAAUACUUCCCAUCAUGCGAGGCCGCACCGCAUGCAGCCUGCUGCCCUUCUACUGCCUGCCGCUGGGCGCCAUGCGAGUCACGGGGCACCUCAGCCAGUUACUGCACGAUUCUGGGAUCGUGUGCCAGUCCAUGUUCACUGUGCGCACCGUCAAAGAGUCGCUGUGCUUUGUGGCGCGGGACUUUGAGGCAGCGAGGAGGGGCGAGGAGAGGGGGGUGCGGGGCACGUGUGAGGUGCCGGGGGAGGGUGCCUUCACUCUCACCAGGGAGCGCUUCCUCGCCCCUGAAGUGCUCUUUCAACCUCACCUCUGUGGCCUCGGCGGCAGGGGCAUACAGCAGGCAGUGGCGCAAUGCAUAGUGGAGUGUGCUGCCCGGGUGAAGGCGUUUCAGGCGCAGCAGGACUGGAAGGCCCGACACAGCCACGCGGGAGAGGCACCGGCUGCAGAUGAGGAGAAGGAGGAGAAAGGGGGGGAGGAGGGUGAGCGAGUGCCUGGGGCGGGGCCAGGGGGUGAAGGUACCACGAGGCGGGUGGGAAGUGGGGAGGGGGAGUCAGGGACGGGUGGGGGGGUGUGGGGGCGAGUGCCUGCGCCACUGUCAAGUGAGGAUGUGGCGGAGGCGAUCGGCACCGUGGUGGUGGCGGGGGGCACGUCUGCGCUGCCAGGGAUAGCAGAGCGGCUUCAUCUAGAGCUGCAGCGCCUGCUUCCCCCGCCCCUCGCUGACAGACUCACUGUGAAGGCAGUGGGGCCUUAUGGUGCAUGGAUGGGCGGCAGGACCGUUGCCACUGUGAGUGUUAUUGGCUGUGACUGA